AGAGAGAGAGAGAGAGCAGAAAGAUCGGAAGAACAAAAGCAGAAAGGGCAAAACUGAGGUAGACAAAGAGGCGCACAUCUGUGCAUCUGGACACAGCUGGAGCUGGAGUGAGAAACAGAUAGUGAGAGAGAGAGAGAAAUGUAAAGAUAGUGAAUUCUCUCUUUGUACAAAAAUAAAACUAGUUUAAGUGGAACGUAUACUCUAACUAUAAUCACAUUAGAGCUGGAGGGAGGAGAGGAGAGAGAGACAGAGAGACAGUGAGAGAGAGAGUGAUUCAGAAAAAGAGGGCUAAAGGAGAGAUUGGAGAGAAGCGUCAGCAGAGUGCAAGGGGGAAAAGAAAAACAAGGUUAUUAUUCAAAAAUACUGACGCAGUUGUAGCUGGAGAAGGCAAUCAACCAAAACAACACUAUCACCUUCUGAAAAGUGCCUCUGGAACUUCACUGUGGCUGUUCCCAUGGCGACAAUGACUGUGACGACGCUGCUCGUGCUAGUGACGUUUUUGGCUCAGUCGCUCGCAAUCAGCACCGAGCUGGAUUAUGGGACCUGGAACUACAGAGAAGGAGCGGAGAGCGUGAACGUAGCUAAUGUCCGGAGUGUGACCCGUGUGCUGGACGCUUGGGGGAAGCGCAUCUUUAACGAGAUCAAGACGCUGCUGCACUCAGAGCCCAGUGCACUACUGCCUGACUACUCGAGGAUCCGUCCUCUCUCAGAGUCUCUGAACGAUCUCUUCAGAGAAGUCUCGCAUUUACAGAGGCGCAUCACCGACCUCAACCAUCGCCUAGCAACCAUGGAGCCCUUCCUCCAUCGCCAUGGCUACCGCAAAGAGGGGGAGGAGGGAGGGGAGGGGACUGAACCUAUGCCCCAGAGCAUGAGGGGGGCGGGCACCAGCCUGGCAAAAUACCCCCAACGCUACAGGGUCCGCGUGGUACGCCCCUUUAACAGAGUGUUACGAACCAGAAAAGUGAAAGUGUACAAGGACGAGAGUGGCAGAGUCAAAGUGAGAGAGGAUGAGAGAUAGAUGGGUGAGAGGAGGGCAAACAAGAAUGAAAAAGAGUAAGAGAGAGAGAGAGAGAGAGAGAGAGAGAGAAAUUGAUAUUAUAAACAUUAUAAAUAUUGCAUUAGUAUGCAGUGUAAGUUACUUAAUGUAUUAAAUAUAGUGUAACGUC